AUGACACCAAAGCAGCCUUCGAUAAUCACUCAUUGGGCUCUUGUGAUUGGUAUAAACUACUAUUCAGACCCCCAGGAAAACUUGAAAGGCUGCGUCAAUGAUGCAAAUUCUAUGAUGAAGUACUUGGAAUUGAGCCUCGGAUCCAAAUUGGAUAUUGUCGCACUCACUGCGUCUGAACCCUUGACGAACGGAGAGCCUCCUCAAGAAGCCAAGGAUUUGUGGCCAACCUACACCAAUACCAAAUAUCAGCUUGAACGCAUAAGUACGGAGGCUGAGCGCGGAGACCGGGUAAUCAUCUACUAUGCUGGUCACGGCGCGCAUAUUGGAGGCUCGACGUCUGCUCUGAUUCUCCUCCCUGACAGUGGUUGCGGGAAAAAGGUCCUCCGACUCAAGGUUUUAUAUGACAAAGUGGAGAAAAUGAUAAAAAACGACCUUAGUGUUACCCUUAUCUUGGAUUGCUGCUUCUCCGGCGCUAUAGUUCGAAGCGAUGAUCGAAUCGACCUACGUGUCCGUUGCCUCGAUUAUGAUCGGACUGUGCCUUUUGGCACAUUACAAGAAACUAUGACAUCAAGCUCGCAAGAUCCAGACAUCACCAGAGACGCCAAUGUAGAGCACAACUGGCAUGAUUAUGCCAAGGGUCUUGUCGUACUAUGCGCAUGUGCUCCAGAGGAACGUACGUUUGAGACCCAGUUGGACGGAAGAUACCAAGGCCUGUUUACACACCACUUGCUCCAUGCAUUGAACCUGCUGGUUAAAAAUGGCAUAAGCGUCACACAUGUUGCUAUCCAAGAGCAGCUCAGCACCAGUCUCACGGCUCAAUGGUCACGACAGACUCCAAUGCGCUAUGGCAAAAGUACUGUUCUCUUCGGCGAGUCUUUGUUGGUUCCAGCAGGCAGUACUCUCCACGGGUACAGAGAUCUCAAUGGGGGGCUGCAUCUGAGAGCAGGAGAACUCCACGGCAUUGCCAAGGGUGAUGAGUUCUACGCAUCAACGACCGAAGUCGCAAAUACCAUACAGAUCCAUCAGCCCGAAAGUAAGAUUGCAAACAUGCGAGCUACUACAAUCAGAGCCGUGGAUUCUGAUCUUGAAGAAAUCGAAGGUUACUGUCAAGAACGGAGUAUAGGUGAAUGGAACGUGGAGCCUAUGACGAGUCUUUCUCCAAAUGUCGUUUCCAUUGGAGUACCACCUGGCUUCGUAAACGAGAUGCAACUGGCUCCUCAUGAGGCACUCCGAUAUUUACGUCUUGUUGAGACACAAUUGGCAUCUCAAAACCAGAUCGGAGAAUCAUGCGCUUAUCAUGUACUCAUUGAUUCUCAGGAUCGAUUUAAGAUCGUAGACGCAAUGCUGGAAAGGGUGGUUCCUAUCCCAGUAAUAUGGCGCGAAUCAGCCGACGCGUUGACAAAGGUUGUGCGAAUCCUUCGUCAUAUCGCGGAGUUCAAAUACUUCGAGGGGCUGGAAAAUCGAAUUCCCAGUCCCCACUUCAUGGCCUCGUUCUCCAUCCAAUGUACGCAGUCCGCUGGCAGUGCCAGUAGGAUCGAAAUUGCAGAGGGCAACAAAGUAGAAUUUCUCUUUGAGAACACAAGCAAAGAGCAGCUAUACGUUGGCGUUUUCAAUUUCAAGCCAUCUUGGGAAAUGGCGGCAAUGACACACAAGGGAUUCAAGACGCUGCCUGCAAAGUAUGAGAGUGAAAAUGGCACAAUGCGACUGACCAUGAAAACGAAAUUACCCGAGUUUGUGCUAGAAAACAAAGGAAAGCACUGCGAUGAUCAUGUCAAGUUCCUCAUCACCAAUACAGCGACUCACUUUCACUGGUCUUUGCCCAGCAUCCUUCAAACCAUCAACGGCUCUCUUGGAAGCCACCGGGGCGAGGAGGAAAACCUCAGUGCUUCUCUCGCCAAUUUGAUCGGCGACUUCCGGGGCGAACAAGGCACUAAAUGGGCCACGAAAAGCUUUUUGAUUCGUACGAUUGCUGCGUGA